AUGCAGAUUGAGGUGAAGCUCUCGCUGGAAGAUGCGGAAGGCUACCAGCGCACCCUCAAUACCCUCGCCAACCACCACCUCAAGGAUGAGUGCUAUUACGACUUAUUUUUUGACUUUCCGUAUCCCGCGCUGCAGGAGCGGAGUAGUGUGCUCCGACUGCGCGUGCCGUGCGAUCCGGCGUCCGUCUACACCCGCUCCGCGGCAUCGGCGCCGAGCGCGAGUGCAGGCGGCAACGAUAACUACGACCCAGAGGCGGAGUACGAGGCGUUGCUGCGUGCAUGCCGCGGCGAGGCACCGCCGGGUAUCGGUGCUGCGACUGGUAGUAGCGCCUCCAGCUGUAUGCAUGCGGCGGGAGCGCUACCGAACGCCGGAGGCGGCGGCGGAUCUGAUCACGGACUCCCGCUCCCCAUCUUCAUCCCUGGCGCUGUCGGCAAGCUUAUACUUAAGCAGAAAAAUAUGGUGGAACACGGUCACCAAAUGAGCUUUGUGGUCGAGGACGCGCAGGUGCCGACGGCGGUGGUGGAGGCCCUCGUGCGUCUUGUCCCCGAAUCCCUCUUCACCACCGGCGUUGUCCCUGCCUCGGCGGCGACGGACGGCAGCGCGAGCAAUGUCUUUGCCGUCUUGUCGGCAUACGCACAGCAGCGUCCGUACAGGGACGACGGCGCAGGCGAGUCCGCGAUUGUGCGCAUCCUGUCCCAGCUGAGUGCCAUUGCCCGCGUCUACGCGCCGUCCAGUGACGCUGGUGCGUCCGCCGCGGAUCCUGACAGCUCUGACGCGCACUUCACGCAGGUUCGCUUUGCGGCAAUGGGGACGCACACGGCGUACACGCAGCAGCAACUCGCGACGUCCCAGCGGUCUCUGAGCAAGGAGGGCGGAAAGCUGGAAGAUGGGGGAGGUGCUGGCGCCGUUGCGGUGGUGCCGCAGCUGGAGGCAGUUGCUGGGUUCAUGACCCUGCGAAAGGUGUUUGCGUACGCCCCACUGAUUGCCCUGCAGCAGGGCCUCGUUACGCUGCUCGAGCUCACGGAGAGUGAGCGGGAGUUCAGAGAGGGACUGCGAGUGCGGGUCGACGCGAGUUACCUUCUUCCAGGGCUUACCAUUUACGAGCUUGAGGUGCCAAAGUGCGGUGUCGCCGUCGAUGACGUGGCGACGGAAGUGAGUAACUUCCUCCGCCAACUUGCGGUGUCGUUCCACAUGGGUAGUGAAAGCAAGUUUGCGAGGUACGCGCAGUAUCUUGCGGCAACCCGCGAAGCGGAGCAGGACGCGAACGACGUGAAGCUUCGACUAACAAACGUGAACGGGUACGAGGAGGUGCGACGCAACCUGCAGCAGCUGCUUCUGCCGACAUCCUCCGCUACUGCGCAGAGCUCGCAGGACCGGCGACACCUCUCAAACACCGAGGUGAACCCCGUGGAAGGCGAGGAUGCCAGGGGCGACGACACGUGGUGGCACACGAACCCGAACGGCUACCUGGAGGAAACGAACGAGGACUUCUUCUUCGACAGUCCAGAGCAGACGCUGCGGCGCGGAAAGAGCUUUCUGCGACUGCGCAAGCGGCUGCACUCGAACAAGUACCUUCUCGCUCUCAAGGCCCACCAGGUGUUCAGCGGUGGUCAGCAGAAUUCGCUGUCGAGCAAGGUCGAUGUGUCGGAGGUGGUGGCUCGCGCUCUCAUUGACAACCCCACGCAGUUUCUGCACGAGUACGCGGAGCACUUUGCGGUGGUGAAGACGGUGUGGAAGGAGUUCGGGGUGCGAGAGCUGUGCCGCACCGCCACCUUCACGACGGAGCGCCUGACAGUGCUGUGGUGGGCUGCUCAGGUGCAGCAGUCGACGCUGCAGCGAAGCUGGCCUGCUGGGGCAGCGUCGGCUAUCGCACAGCAGAGCCAGCCCAUCUACACCUCCACCUCUUACUAUCUUUCCCAGCAACAGCAGCGGGGCUACGGAGUGGCAAACAAGCUGCCACCCGUUCCGCCGUUGAUCAUCCAUUUGGACAGGACGCUCUACAAACUGCCAGCCGACGCGCAGGCGCCGCGCAUCCCGUUCACCCAGUGCCGCUCAUGGAGCGACCGCCAGUGCGAGACGUACGAAAUAGAGGUGACGAACAUCGUCGCCCCGACGGAGCCGAAGGACGUGGUGGCCGAGCUGACGACGGUGCUCAAUGGGUUAGGGGUGGAGUGGACCGUUGGGGUGCGCAGCAAACUGGAGCAAUAUUUCUCCUUGAUGGACAUGUAA